UAUAGAUAAACUGACAAUUUUCAAUUUUUGAAAGAGAAAAGAAAAGAUCAACUUGCUGCAUUAGCUCUUCAUUUGCGAGGGAAAUAUAGAUGCUCGGAAAAUGUUGUCAACAUUAUUUUUUCAAAUUUACAAAAUCUUUUUAUUAAUAAAUCACAAAACGAAGAGAUUAAUACAAUUUGUAAACAACUAUCAACAGAAUAUUCUAGAACAAGAUAUUUUCAAAAUGCUUUUAAAAUGCCACAAAUUCAGUCUGUACGCAAAAAUAGUUUACACGGAUGUUUUAUUCCAUUUAAAGAAAUAAUUCAGUUCAUUUUUACAUCAAAUGAAUAUAAUACCAUUCUAGAGUUUUCUUCAGAAAUAUCUAUCUCAUUGUAUUCAGAUGAUUUAGGGGUAACUAAUCCGAUAGGCAAAUCUAGAGGAAAACACAAGUUGUGGGUUUUAUAUUUUCAGUUGUUAAACAUUCCACAAUGCUGUUUAAGUAAAACAUUCUCAAUAUUCCCUUUAGCAAUAACUGGUUCUAAAUCAGUUAAGGACAAUAGCUUUAUGAAAUCUCUUCUUCUUGACUUGGUACAAUCUCUAAACGAACUAUUGUUGAUUGAUUCAUCAACAUUAACCAAUGCUAACGGUAAAAAAUUCAAUGUAAAGUUAAAACACUUUAUUGGCGAUUCAUUAACUUGCAAUGCAAUCGCUGGUUUUAAAGAGGGUUUUAGCAAGAAUGUUGUAAGGUGCUGUAGAGUUUGUAAUUCGAAGUUUUAUUAUAAGGAAGGGGACAUUUCAUAUGUUGUACCCCCAGCAUUGCCAGUCCUUAUCAUUUAGUUGCAUUGAAAGAAAACUAGUUUUAAUAAAAAGUGUAUAUUAUUUGCAAUAAA